GUUUGAUCCAGAUCCUGAGAUAGGGUCAGUGCUGGACAACAACACAGAUGAUAGUAUUGACCUAAGUGGCAAAUACAUGCGUUUCCUUAAGGAUAGAGAGUGUGUUAAUGGCGAAAAUCAUAGUAAACAAAGAGAUUGUCGUGUGAAGGCACCAGUCCAUAUUUCUGAAGCCAGAUCAGUUCAG